GUGUAAUUCCAGUGUAGCAACUUGGCAGCACAAACCUGAGUUGUCAUUCAGGGGAAACUGAAAGCUACAGAGCGGCAGGUGACUCAUGCCAUCAUCACGGCCUGAACCAAGAGCGGAGAUGGUAUAAAAGGGCUGGGAGAGCGAGGAUCAGUCUCUUCAUGCAGAGAGACAUCAACAUGGUGGAAUUUUAUGAGCUGAUUGUUCACAUUCCCAGUGAUGUGGAGCAACACCUUCCAGCAACUGACUCAGAUCCCAUCAGCGAAUGGAGCCUACCAGAGGACAGCGACUUGGUUUUGAGUGAAUUUGAGAAAUCUCAACUGACCAUCGCCAAUAAAAUUCAUAAGGAAAUUCUAGGGAAAUGGGAAAAAAAUAACCCAAAAGUCUUUAGGCAGUUUAAAAAAGGAACAAAAUCUUUUGAGCUUCGCAUUUUGAUUGAAACUUCUAUAAUGAUCCCCACCUCUCUGGGUCAGAGUUUGAGGCAAUUUAAAUUUACAUGCCUAAAUCAUGUGUAUCCCGGCAUUCUACAGUGGAUGUAUGCCUCCAAAAAACCUGAUGGAUCCUAUGAGACUCCUGGUGAGGAUUACAUCAACAAAUCCCUUCUGACAGAGAGCCAAGCAGAGUUGCAGUUGUUGUGGACCAACAUGGAUGAGUACAAAGAGCCAGCUCAAAAUUUCUCAGGACGCAAGAGGCUGGUAGAGGAGCAUCAGAACCAAAGUCUGUCAGAUCUGUCCCAAGCAAGCGCUUCUGGCAGUUGUGGUGCAGGGCUUAUGGCCCAGAUAAAGGACGGCCUCCAUAAGCUGGAAGACAUACAAGCUUUCGGGGAGGAAAUCCUGACACAGGCCAAUAAGAAUGAAAAGAAGCUGAAGAACACGGAGGCUGAGAUGAUUCAGCUGCAGGAACUGGAAGCAGCUGAGCGUGCCAAGUGCCAGGCCCAGCAGGAGCGGGACGAGCUGACUGAGGAGCCUGCCAACAGCAGCGGCAAAAGAGCCCUAGAGGGGAAACCUCAGCUGGAGACCCGCACUUCCCAGCUGGACCUGAUCAAUGACCGGCUGAAGAGGGUCAGCCUGCAGAUUGAUGAGAUCACCACUAUGAUCUCCACAUGGAAGGCCUCCAUCACUGACUCUGAGACCAAGGGAACAAAGAGGGAGGAGCAGCUGGAUAUCGAGACCAAGUACGUGCCCCAUGGUUUCCCACUUCACAGGCACGAGGACAUGAAGCUUGUCUUGGUACAAGAAGUGUCACAGAUGGGCACUGGUGACUGCUCAGAUGAGGAGGAAGAUGGCAAAGAUGAUGGGGCCGAGGCCAAGCCUGCUGAAUAGGCUGCUUCUCCUGUUCUCAGGAAGGACAGAUGGAUGACUGCCCACCUCUCCCUGCCCCUGCAGCACCCUGCCUUGGGACAACUGUGACCUGAUCCUUACCCUAGUCCUGCUGCCCUGCUGAGGGCAUUGGCUUCCUCUGGUGCAGCCCUCCAGCCCUUCCCCCUCCCAGAAUCUGACACCAAAGAGUCAGGGCUGGGCCCAGGCCUGCACAGUGUGACCAGCAGGCCUGCACCCUCUGCUGUCUGAAACCGUGGUGAGGCAAGGAGGGCAGGCUGCUGGGGCGGGCUCCAGGGUUUUCUACAAAUCUAUUUUUAUUCAGACUAAAAGAGUUUUGAUAGCCUCACACCCAGAAGUGUUGUCAGCCCGCACAGCUCCAGCCCCCACCUGGCCACCAGCUCCUCCUUCCUGCUGCCUUGUCUGCUGUUGGCAAUCACACAUGGUGACCUCACACCUCUGUCCUGUGGGCCCCCACUCCCCUGGGCCCUGAGUGGUCUGAAAGGAGCAGGCCCAGCUCCACCUCUGUGCAGGACACAGAAUGCAAGGGAGGGGGGACUUCUUAUCCCCUCUGGGCAGCCCUCUGUCACUGCCCCUCCUGAUUCCAAGAUGUCACAAAUGUAGUACCACUGCCCCUCCUGCACUGGUCUAUACUGGUUGGUGAAUUUAUUUGUAUUCGUAAUUGACUUGUAUAUGCUUCAUUAGACUCACUUCUGGCAAGAAGACUUUUUUUAUAAAGGAAACAAACUUGCAUCAAAUUAUGAAGCUACAUAUAAUACAAAGCUCUGAGUUCAGGUCCCAGUUGCUGUCACAAAGGAGUGAGUGGAACUCCGACCCACCCCUUUUUCUAUAAUGAAAUUGCCUUAGCAUGAGUUGCAGCUGUCACCACCUCAGUAAGCUGGUUUACAGAUGUUUUCACUGAGUCACAAUAAAGAGCACCAUUUGCUGAGAA